CCCGCCGCCUCCCUCCCUUCGCUCGCUGACUUGCUCCCUCCCGGGCUGCGGCUGCUGCAACCGCGGCGGUGGCGGCGGCGGCGGCGGCGGCGGCAGCAGCGGGAGCAGUUUGGAGGCCGGCGUCGAGGACUUGCUGCUGUCUCUGCUGCUCUAUCCUUCCCACAGAGGCCCUCUCCCCUCUCCUAUCUCAAGAUGGCAGCCAGCAGCUCUGAGGUCUCUGAGAUGAAGGGGGUAGAGGAGGGUCCCCAGACCCAGGGAGAAGGGCCUAGCCAUUCUGAAGCCGGAACUGGUCCUCCCCAGAUCCCAGCUGGGGUCCUAGAUGAGCCAGAGACCCUGCAGCCAGGCCCAGACAUCACUGGGGCCCCUGUGGACCAAGAGCCCAAGGCUGGGCUGGCUCCAGAAACCACAGAGAUCCCAACCGUGGCCCCAGAAACAGCUCAGGCCAGAGACCUCAGCUCAAGCCCAGGAGAGGAAUCAAAGGCCAACUCCAGCACCGAAGAAACAUGCCAAGAGCUAGCAUCUAAACCAGAAGUGAGCAAAGAGGCCACUGCAAACCAGGGGUCCAACCUGGAAUCCGCAGCCCCACUUGAGCCAGCCUCAGAGCCUGCUCCCCAGCUGGACCCCCAGCCAGACCCUCAGCCAGACCCCCAGCCAGCUUCCCAGCCCGCCUCCAAGCCAGUCCUUCAGCCAGAGCCCCCUACCCAGGAGGACCCCACCUCUGAGGUCCUGACUGAGAACGUGGGAGAUAAGCAGGAGAAUGGGGCAGUGGUUCCCCUGAAGGCUGGUGAUGGUGACGGGGAAGGGGGUCCAGCCCCCCAGCCUCACUCACCACCCUCAACAAAACCCCCCCCAGCCAAUGGGGCUCCACCCCGUGUGCUGCAGCAGCUGGUUGAGGAGGAUAGACUAGGAAGGGCUCACAGUGGGCAUUCAGGAUCUCCCCGAGGUAGCCUGAGCCGCCACCCUAGUUCCCAGCUGGCAGGGUCUGGGGUGGAGGGGGGUGAAGGCACCCAGAAACCUCGGGACUACAUCAUCCUCGCCAUCCUGUCCUGCUUCUGCCCCAUGUGGCCUGUCAACAUCGUGGCCUUCGCUUAUGCCGUCAUGUCCCGGAACAGCCUGCAGCAGGGGGACGUGGAUGGGGCCCAGCGUCUGGGUCGCGUGGCCAAGCUCUUAAGCAUCGUGGCGCUGGUAGGGGGGGUCCUCAUCAUCAUCGCCUCCUGCGUCAUCAACUUAGGCGGUGAGUGGGGGUCUGGGACAGCGGGAGGAAUGGAAGGGCUGGCAAGGGCAGCUUUACUAAUCCCUGCCCCUGAUCUCUCCUGUCUGUCCUCCCUACUUCUUUGUCUCUCCUUGUCUCCCCUCCCCCCCACUGUCUCUGUCUGUCCCUCCCUCUCCUCUCCCACAGUGUAUAAGUGAGGGGCUCUGCCCUGCAUUCCAAGACUUUUUUUCCUGUUGGGAGCUGCCUUGGGCCCAUCCUCCCCUGGGGGGAGCCCAAUCCAUGGCCCAGGCCCGCACCCAUAGGGACCAAGGGAGCCUGAGCGGCCUUGUUUACAGCUUCUUUCCUGCUCCUGCAUCCUGCCAGGCUCCUCUGCCAACCGUAGGCCUCCCUUCUCCCUGCACUGUUUCCAACUUCCCUGCACUCCUGCCUGCAUCCCCUCCAGCCUCUUGGCUUCCCUAUCCCUGCACUUCUGGAAACCUCCCUGAACAUCUCCCAAACUCUCUUUGCUCUCAGCCUCCCAGCAUCUCUCCCCACCUUCCUGCACCACAACCUCCCGAGAAUUUCCUGCACCUCAACCCUGGUCUCCCUUUCCCAACUUUCAUUGUCUCAGCAUCCUCCCCCAUUCCUUUCUUCCUUCUCUCCUUAUUCAUCUCCCUUACCUCUCCACAUCCUCCACCCCCUUCUUCUUCCUGCUGCCUCAUCGCCCCUCAGCAUCCUCUCCUCCACCCUCCUCCACCGUUCAUUCUGCAAAAACUCCAGCACUUAGAUCAGGCUGGGGGAGGGGAGCAGUGUCAGGAGAGGGCUCCCUAGCCCGGGCUCCGACUGUUCUCAGCUGGGACCACCCAGGUCCGGACGCCCCCAUGGUGCCUCGGGGUCGCAGCGCUGGCAAGCCAGGCCUCGUUUGGAGACUUGUGCAGGGGUGGCCAGUACUGUUCCGAACACACACCUGGGAGAAGGGAGGGGCGCGGCUGUUGACCCUCCCCGGUCAGCCUGAGUUGACCUACCCGACCUGGGCUUUUUAACCCAAUCAGAGAACUCGUUGGGGCUGGGGUCAUUCACGUGCUUUGUAACGAAAGAACCCAAAAAAUAGGACCAAAGCUCCCAGCUGCAGGGAGCAAGGGAGGGGCGGAGAGGUCUAUGAUUAUUUUUUAAGAGGACGAGAGAGGUUUGAGGGGCGGGGACCGAACCACAACGCGGUUCCGAGUUGGCGGGGUUUUUUUUCCCCCUAGAAAAAGAAAAGUGUAGGGAAAAAACCUAAAAGUCUAAAAGCAAAACAAAACAAAAGGAUACACCAAACAGAUUCUCCCUUUUUGUAUGCCGGAUGCUGCAUGAGUCUGAAACACCAAUAAACGGAGACUGCAUGAGACUCGCCUCCAGCUUCCGUUGGUCCGUACGUGCGUGCGCCGCUGGGGCCCGAGGUACUGCCUCCUUUCGGCAGAACCUAUUGGGUGGUUUGCGCAUGCGCCGCCCCGGUGG